AUGGGGUCUGCAUCUUCGAAGUACCUGUACGACCCGGCGCAAUACGCCGCACCCGCGUCUGAUCCCAAAGCACCGCUCAACAAUACAGAUGGUGUACCCGAGUACGACUAUAUUGUGGUUGGAGCAGGCGCCGCAGGAUGCGUGCUCGCCGCGCGUCUGAGCGAGGACCCGAAUGCGCGCGUACUGCUGCUCGAAGCCGGCCCAUCAUACGAGAAGGUCUUCGCGUCGCGCAUCCCGCUCGCCUGGACCGGCCUGCUCGGUACGGCUGUGGACUGGGCGUAUACGACGGUUGCUCAGGUCCGCGCGGGGGGUCGCGCCUUCGUGCUGAACCGCGGCAAGAUGCUCGGCGGAUCGACAGGGAUCAAUGCACUCAUCUACCAACACCCUGCGCCACAAGAUCUCGACAAGUGGGGACCAGGAUGGAGCUACGAUGAGCUCCUACCCUACCUACACAAAGCCGAGUCUUUCGCGUCCUCUGCUCCGGGCGACCAUGGACGUGACGGGCCGUGGAGAGUCGAGUAUCCACAAACGCCUCCAAUUCACGAAGCGAUCCUGUCAGCAUGCUCCGCCGCCCACGUUCCUCUCACACCCGACAUGAACACCCGCACGGGCUCAUAUGGUGCUGGCACAUUCGCAGCGAGCGUUGCGCCCGACGGCAGCCGACACAGUACGGCACACGCAUACCUCACACCAGAGGUUCUUGCACGCCCAAACCUGAAGGUAGCGGUGAAUGCGCACGUAGAAAAGGUGUUAUUCGAGGAAGGUGACGGAGAGCCGAAGGCAGUGGGCGUGCAGCUAUCCUCGACCUCGGCGCCGGGAAAGAAGUUCAGGGUGCGCGCGACGAAAGAGGUCAUACUCAGCGCCGGCGCAAUCGCCACGCCACAUCUGCUCCUGCUCAGCGGUCUCGGACCGAAAGCUGAGCUCGAGGUGGUUGGUGUACCGGUCGUGAAAGACCUUCCUGCGGUGGGAAAGCAUUUUAUGGACCAUAUGUCCAGUGGACCUAUCAUCUUCGAGACGAAACCCGGAUACAGCCUCGACUACCUCGCGAAACCGUGGUAUGGCGCGCUCGCGGCUGCACGGUGGUUAUGGGACGGGACGGGCGUUAUGCGCGGGCUCGGCGCGCCCGGCGCUGCGUUCGUGAACGUUAACGAUCCCGCAUUGCAACUUCCGCCACCAUCGGAGUCCAUCACGAACAACGCGCCCGGAAGCGCUGAUGUCGAGUUGGCGUGGUUCCCACUUGUCGUUGUCGACUUCGCGAAUACGAGCGCUUGGGGCAAGGAGGGCGUCUCUAUCGCUUCAGUACUACUCAAGCCCGAGAGCGAAGGAACCAUUACGCUUCGUUCUGCAGACCCGCUCGAGCCACCAGUCAUAGACCCCAAAUACUUCUCAUCACCAAACGACAUGCGCGUCCUCGUCCGCUCCCUCCGACUCAUCCUCCGCAUCGCGCGCGCGGCGCCCGCUGAUGCGCUCAAGUUCCCUCCCACGGGCGUGUUCAGUAAGCGCCUGGUUGACGCCGAGGGCAAGUGGGACGUGGAGGGGCAGAAGAAGGGCGAGGGGAUAUGGUGGCCUGGACGUGCGGACCCCGAGACGCUCACGGACGAAGAGCUCGCAGAGUACAUCGCGCACCGCGGCGCCGCCGCAUUCCAUCCUUCUUCGACCGCACGACUCGGCACGUCAGACACAGAUAGUGUCGUCGGCGCAGAUCUUAAGGUGCACGGCGUUGCCGGUCUGCGCGUUGUAGACGCGAGCGUGUUCCCGGAGCCGCCGGCUGCGCAUCCUGUAGCGCUCGUCGUGGCGCUUGCGGAAAGGGCGGCGGAUGUGAUCAAGGGUGUUGUCAAGUUAUAG